UCCAGCACAUUCCAGGAUAGACAAAGACGCUCCAGACCCCUCGCCGUCACGGCCCAGGCAAAGUGAAACAACGAAAAGCAAACAGCACAUCCGAAGCAUCCAUCCCCUGAGUUUGACAGCUUCCUAAUCGCAGUUCGUCCUCGCCCAAAUCGAGCAGCCAUGUCGCUGAUUCCCCGCGGCAACGCCUUCGACCCCUUCUCCCUCGACCUCUGGGACCCCUUCGACGGCUUCCCCUUCGGCUCCGGCGGCAGCAGCAGCGGUGGCAGCCUCUUCCCCUCGUUCCCGCGCAUCAGCUCCGAGACCGCGGCCUUCGCCGGCGCGCGGAUCGACUGGAAGGAGACGCCCGAGGCGCACGUGUUCAAGGCGGACGUGCCGGGGCUGAAGAAGGAGGAAGUGAAGGUGGAGGUGGAGGACGGCAACGUGCUCCAGAUCAGCGGCGAGCGCAACAAGGAGCAGGAGGAGAAGACGGACACCUGGCACAGGGUGGAGCGCAGCAGCGGCAAGUUCCUGCGCAAGUUCAGGCUCCCGGAGGACGCCAAGGCGGACCAGAUCAAGGCGGCCAUGGAGAACGGCGUGCUCACUGUUACCGUGCCCAAGGCGGAGGCCAAGAAGCCCGAGGUCAAGUCAAUCCAGAUCUCCGGCUAGGCUGCUUGAGAUUAAGGUUAAGGUUCAAUUCGCUGGUGUGAGGUUCAACUCGCUCUUUUGUGCCUUUUGCUCGUGUGGAUUUGGGUCCGUGUUGAGUGUCGAGUGUGCCCUUGUCAGUGCCGUGUUCAACGCCCGUCUCCCUUGUUAAGUCAUGUAGUAAUGCGAGCAUCGAGUCCAAAGUGUGCUGUACUGCUGUGAUCAACUUCUGUGCUGAUUUGAACGAGCGAGUCACAGUUCCCUCUUAA